AUGUGGCGGCUGCUGCUGGGCCGCGGCCUGGGCCGCUGCUGGCCGCCCCCCGCCCGCCCCGCCUGCGCCGCCGAACCGCCCGACGGCCGCGGCCCCAGCCGUUGUUUUAGAGCGCCCCGUUGUCAGGAUGGACGGCCCCGGGAUGGCCGGGAGCGAGGAGGAAGGCAACAGCCCCUGCCCGGCCUGGUGCCCCGCUACUCCGUGCUGGAGGCAGUCACCUGGGGAGCACUCGGUGCACUGCUUCUGCAGCUGGUCAGACAGAUCUCGUGGCUGAGAUCGCUGCCGGACACCAGGAGAGAGCACCGGUCUCUCUGGCUUUCUUCAUUGUCCUCUCAGCAGACAGUGGUGACUGAAGCCUCAACCAGCUGUCCCAGUGAGCAGCUGGGGUCCCACUUCCUGCAGAGAGCAAGUCCAGAGGUCGUACCAGAGAAUUUAUCCUCAGACAUCCCCUCGGGGCAAGGAGAGAGCCAGCCCUGGGCAGAAGUAGGAGAGUUCCAAAUCCCUGAGAGGUCCAGCUUGGGGCCAGUUCUCCGCAGUGCAAAGGAUGACCCAGCUCAGCGAGGGCAUUUAGAGGAAGCUACUUUCCAAUUGCAGCAGCUUUUCCGGAUUGACAUUUCAAUUGCAUUGAAUAUCCUUGGGAUUGAAAGUAUGAGAGCGGGCCAUUACAGGAUAGCCUAUACCUGCUUCAAACUGGCAGCAGAUCGAGGCUACAGCAAAGCCCAGUUCAAUGUGGGUCUGUGUUACGAGCAUGGCAGAGGCACGGAAAAAGACUUGGAAAAGGCAGCUUUUUAUUACUACCACGCAGCCAGCAGCUGUCACCCCAUGGCACAGUACCGCUACGCUAGAUACCUCUUAUGCCACAGACCUGAAAAUGAAUGGGAUGGGCAUCAGAAGGCAGUGACUUUCCUGGAGCAAGCAGCAACGGCUGGGAUUACAGAGGCACAGGCUUAUCUUGGAGUGUUCUACAUGAGGGCGUUGCAACCUAAGGAAAAGAGAGGUCUGAAGUACCUGCUGCUGGCAGCGAAGAACGGCGAUGCCCAAAGCAGGUAUCACGUGGGCGUUUGCUAUGAGAAGGGCCUUGGAGUGCAGCAGAACCUGGCAGAAGCGAUGAGACACUACCGACAGUCAGCUGCUGCGGGGAACAGGAGCGCUCAGGAGAGACUGCGGAUGUUAAAAGAGGAGAUGGAAGAUGUGGGAAGAAAGCAUCCGUUCCCUUCCGGAAUAAGAGCCUCUUCCUCUAGCCCCUGUUUCUGGGCUAUUGAGCGUGUGCCUGCAGGCCUCCACGCCACCCAGCCAAGACAAUCUGCCCUCACCCUGCCCCACUCUUGGAGUGCAGACGGACUCCACAUGAUGAUGCUCGGCGGUGCAGGAUGGAGCCGUGCCCUCGGAAACAGGGCAACGCCACUGGAACUGCAGUGCUUGGAGCCCCACCACUGCUGUUAUUAGAGCAGUCACCACCAAGCUGCCUACAGAACAGGAGCACUGUCUUCCAGUCCAAGGCUCUUCCCAUGUGCCGAC